AUGGAGCAAGAGCGGCAGGCGGUGGCGAGGAACAGGAAGGUGGUGCUGCGCGGGUACAUCGAGCGCGCGCCCAGGGAGGACGACAUGGAGCUCGUAGACGGCGGCGCCAUGGAGCUGCGCGUCCCCGAGGGCGCUGGCGGCCCCGCGGUGCUGGUGAAGAACCUCUACCUCUCCUGCGACCCGUACAUGCGCGGCAGGAUGCGUGACUUCCACGGCUCCUAUAUCCCGCCCUUCAAGCCUGGAUCACCUAUUGAAGGGUUUGGCGUGGGGAAGGUGGUCGACUCCACUCAUCCAGGAUUUAGUGCCGGUGACAUUGUUUCCGGGAUGACUGGCUGGGAGGACUACAGUCUGAUCACCAAACCUGAACAGCUCAGGAAGAUUCAGCAAAGCGACAUACCACUCUCUUAUCAUCUGGGCCUUCUUGGCAUGCCUGGUUUUACAGCUUAUGUUGGAUUCUAUGAGAUUUGUUCACCAAAGAAAGGGGAGUUUGUUUUUGUUUCUGCUGCAUCUGGGGCAGUUGGGCAAAUUGUUGGUCAACUUGCAAAGCUCCAUGGUUGCUACGUUGUGGGAAGUGCUGGAACAAAUCAGAAGGUUGAGCUCCUAAAGGAAAAAUUCGGAUUUGAUGCAGCUUUCAAUUACAAGGAAGAGCCUGACUUGACUGCUGCACUAAAAAGGUACUUCCCUGAAGGCAUAGACAUCUACUUUGAGAACGUAGGUGGGCCAAUGCUUGAUGCGGUACUACUCAACAUGCGAACACACGGCCGCAUUGCAGUGUGUGGUAUGGUUUCCCAGCAUGGGGUAACUGCUUCUACUGGGAUCCACAACCUGUUCUCCUUGAUAAGCAAGAGGAUAGAGAUGAAGGGAUUCAUCCAGAGUGAUUAUGUACACCUGUUCCCACAGUUCGUGGAUGACAUCACCAAGCAUUACAGAGAUGGGAAGAUUGUGUAUGUGGAAGAUGUGAGUGUUGGGCUGGAGAGCGGACUGGCUGCCUUUGUUGGUCUGUUCAGUGGUAAAAAUAUUGGGAAGCAGGUCGUGUGUGUGUCGCAGGAUUGA